AUGCCCAUCGUCGACUCCGGCGACUUCGCCUCCUCCGCAGCCUCGCCGUGGCCCCUCUCGCCCUCGAGCGAGUCCCCCUUUCCGCCCGCCGCGGGCGAGGGCGGACGUGAGACCGCGCGGUCUUCGCUGCAACGUGUGUUGGGAUUGACCAUCAAGGGGUCGCUGCUGUCGGCGCAGCGCGUCUUCGAUGUUUGGAUCGUUUGGCUGCGGCUCUUGGAGAUCUCACCAACCUGGGUCGACCUCUUCCGACUUCCACAGUUCUGGCUCUUCGCCUUGGGUGUGAUCACUUCGACCCUGCUCUCCACCUUAACGCUCCAGCGGCACCGCUGCGCCCUGCGCCGGCACCGGCCCUAUGGCUGGACCUUCGCGCUGCUGGUCUCGGGCCUGCAACUGGCGCCCCUCGUAGAAAUGAUCGACAAGUUGGGUGAUGGCAUUUGUUGGAAUCUUCGCACUUUGGACAACGGUCCCGCCUCCUCACUGCUUGAUGCGACGUCGACAUCGAUUCCCUUGCGGCCGAUGAAGGGGAGUCGCUAUGGAGAGAACCUCAUGCGUGGCUUGAGGAAACUCUCAAUUGCCAGCCUCCCUUUGAUACUUCUGUCAGCGAUUGUGCACUCCACCUGGCUCAAGGAGGCCGUCUACACGCAAGAGUGUGGUGACACCUGUGUGACAGAGACGUUCGCCCUGUCCGUGGGCGUGCUGUGCUUAUCCAUGUGUUUCGCCGAUGUGGUGCUUUACGUCUGGGUGGACGAUGCCUUCGUGCGGCGCCACAAGAAGCUGGUGCAGGUCCACUACUUCGUCGAAAUUUUGACGCGGCUUCCCUUGAUUUUGCUUCUUCGCUUGGCUUCUACAAGCCAUGCAUCGCUUUUGGUGCUCUAUGCCUGCGAUAUCUCGGCCAAUGUCCUGCUGCUGAUUCUGCCCACCUUGGUCUACAGCUGGCGUCGCGGCAUGUCCUGUCGCCAUGCUUCCAGCCAAUUGGCCAGCGCGGUCAUCAUGUCUCAAAUCCUCUUUCUGGUGAACAUCACCGUCUUCGAUCCCAGAGAAGCCUUCCAAGUGGUCAACGCGGGCUUCGGGAUCGUGAAGUACUUGGAAGCCUUCGUCAUUUGCCGACACUUGUGGGGUGUGCUGCCCAUGGACUUCUUCCAGACCUUUUGCGAGACCCUCCUGGCCAUCGUGGUGCUCAACGCCUUUUUGGUUUGGGUCUUGGUGCCCAAGGUCAGGAGCUUCCAGCAGGGAGCUUCCAUUCCGCGUCUGUCAGAGUUGAUGCCGGCGGAGGGACGCACCAUGGAGCCUUCCAGGCGCGCGGCUGCUGCGCCCGCGCCCGCGCGCGCACCGAGCUUCACUUUGGAACUCCACACCGUGGGCAACUGCCUCAGCUCCAACAAGCGCCCCACGGGUCCCCGGCGGUUGGAACUGCUAGGAGACCUCUUGGAAGGCCUAUGCCUCCUGGAGGCCUCUAGCGACCGGGUCCGCAACGUCGUGGCCAAGAGCACGGCGGAGGUGCUGUGGUCCCUGGUGCUGCCGUGGGAAGGCGAAUAUACCGACCUUGAGAGUGGCGACCGGAUCCGGUUAGAGCCGUUGGAUGUGGAUCGAGGGGAGGUCUUGCUGAGACGCGAAGCGGCAGAUGUGGAGCGAGGAAACGCCCUAGACUCCUCCUUGGCGCUGGUCUUUGGCACGUCCAUCGAGGCCGUGCUGGACCCCACCCGCGGCCCCUCCGUGGGCACCGCCUCCUUCGAUGGCCUCGUCCACUGGAACGACGCGGCCUCUCCGUGGCGCAAGACGUGUCCGGCGCCGGCGGCGUGUCCGGCGCGGGAGGUGCUGAGGCUGGUGCUAAUGCAAAUCCUUUUGUCCUUGCGUUGGGAACCCACUCAUUUGGGCUUAGGACCGACACGCUCCGCCCAAGCAGACUUGCUGGUCCUUGAUACUGCGAAGCGGCCAUUGCUGAGCUUUUUGCUACGAUACAGCAUUGGCACAGAGGACCUGGAGUUCCUCUCCGAGAUCUACUGGUCUUUAUGGUGCCUCUCACAGGACUCCUUAGAUCAGCACCGAGGGGCUUAUGACAAAGCUCGCUGGGUCUUGAUCAAGGCUUUGGAGGGCAAGAUCGAGUAUUGGGAUUCGGUACGGGGCAUUCCCUUGGAGGCACCGGACGACCUCGGUGGUCCCUGCAGCUUCGGCCAGCGUGCACUGGCCCGGCUGGUGCAGCAGGCAGCCCUAUGGCAAGAGACACGUGAGCUGGCGCGACUGGGGAUUCAGACCGUCGGCGAUGCCUCCGAGAAGACCCGCGCCGUGCAGGAGCGCCUGCAGCAGCUGGCCACGGAGACACGAGAUCAGGUGAGGUUGGAGGACUUGGAGGACAACUAUUUCCAAGAGCUGGUCCAAUUAGAUCUGUCAGCAGCGCUCGAGGCGGUGAAUCUGGUGCAUCCGGAGGGCUUCAUCACCACGCCGGUCGAUCCGGGCGUGCGCUACUUGGGCUUGUCGGCUCAGGACUGCCGGAUUCUGAAGUCCAAUGCUGCACCUUUGCUACUGGAGUCUUUGUCACUCAGUUCUUCUACUGAGCCCAAGCGAGAGAAGUGCAUGGUGAAGGUGGGCGACGACCUACGGCAAGAUCAGCUGGUGUUGCAGCUCUUACACUUCAUGGAGAUGGUUUGGGAAGAGCGCCUUCCCUCCGAAGAAAGUGAACUGUUGCGUUUCGUUCCUUAUCGUGUGCUUGCGAUGACUCCAGACGCUGGCUACAUCAAAUUUGUUCCUGGUGCAGUCUCCCUCUCUAAAGCGUUUGCCUCGAGCAACGGUGAUUUGGCCGCGUGGCUUUCCACACAUCAACCGCGGCAGAUGACGAAAGAAAGGGUGCUGAGUAACUUGUGUGGGAGCGCGGCGGCCUAUUGCGUGGCCACUUACGUCCUGGGCAUUGGAGAUCGACAUCUGGACAACCUGCAGAUCACGCCUGAGGGACAUUUCUUCCACAUCGACUUUGGCUUCAUCUUCGGCGAGGACCCCAAGCCCUUCGCGCCGCGGCUCCGCUUGCCGGAGCAGAUUGCAACGGUGCUCAUGCAGGAGAUGGACGAGUCCGGAAAUCUCUUAGACAAGUGCUUCCGCUUGGCUGCGCGAGCCUACAUCGCGCUGCGCCGCUCGAUGUCGCUCUGGGUGGCAUUGCUGCGCAUCAUUGGUCAGGCCGGCGGCGCGGGCUGCAGCGGUGCGAAGCAAAACGCAGCGGUCUUGGUGGUCAUGGAUCGCUUACGAGCAGACUUGGACUGGGCCUGUGAGGAAGAGAAAGCAGCGACCGAGUUCCUGUUGGUGUUGACGGAAAGCUUAGCUUCCGCGAUUCUGAAGCACGCCGAUGCCUCUAAAAGAAGCAGCUACAAGAAGGCGGACGACACCGUACGGCUGGUGAACGAGAAGCUCCUGCGUCCUUGGCCCUGGCGCGGGAAGAUGAGCUCGCACGACAGGUUUGCCAUGCGAUUGACUGCUUCGACUGCUACGGGCACCAUACAAGGCCAGUCGCCGAGCCGGCGCCGCGGUGGAGGCUGGACGGGAAGAGUGGUGGUGACGGGUGGCGGUGACGGGGGGCUCAAGACCGAAGUGCCACCACAUGUGGCCUCUCAAGAUCACAACACCUGGCCGCUGGCGUUGGUUGCCAGAGAUGACCCACGGGACUUGGCAGAUUGGCCAAACAGGGUGGGGUGGGGUGGCCGAGAUGGCACGGUCCGUCCGGUCGCCGUCCUCGGACGGGGUGAGGCCGCCGAGCUGGCUCGACACCGUCAGGACUUGGAAAGGCAGCGCAUGCAGGCGAUACAGAGCUGUGGGGAGCCUCAGAGUUGUGAGGAGCUUCAGGACCACCAAAGUCAUGGGUUGGGUGUUGCAGAUCAGGUGGCAGAAGAAUGCCAGAUCUUGGGGUGGUCCAUCUCCAAGUUCCUGAGUUCAUUGGUGUACGAUGAAGAGAGAGCGCGAGCUGCCAGUGAUCAGAAUAGGCCAACGAUGUUUAGAAGACUGUGGAUAUUGAUGGCACUAUGUGCUGCUACAGAUGUGCAGGUGGUGGACAUGUUCCGCGCGGCGAAGAAUCCUGUGAGCUCAGGCAAGGAAACCAGAAAUAUGACCAACAACAAUUUAGCUGAUAUUCAAGGCGUUCUGCGCUACUUGCAUCAGGAGAUUGUCGUGGAGCAUGCUCAAGGUGAUCCUCAGCGCACUGAAAGGAAGUAUCGCAUUGCUUCCAUCGCGCGCUACCGGGUCUCCGUGCGCAAUCCCAACAGCAUCGACGCCAAAGCUCCAAUCUUGGGCUUCAGCCCCGCCUUCACGGCCUUCGACUAUGGCGUGGCCACCAGCCCCUCAGCCGCGAACCGCCAGGUUGGCGACUUUGUGGGCAUCCAGAGGCAUGACCAAUCCGAUGUCGCUAUGAUUGUGGCAUAUCCGUAUUACUGGUUUAGCUUGCCGGGCUUGUGCCCCAACCUCCCUUGGACGUGCAUCAAGGGCAGUUCGAAGCCGAACUGCCCGAAGAAGGCCUCCGACGUGGGCGUGGUGCCGCAGGUUUGUCAAGAUCGAGGGUGUGCAGGCAAGAAGGACGAGGAGGCGCAGAAGUGCCAAGCCAACUUUUCGGAUCCAGACUCCCUGGGCGACUGCUGUUUGAGAUACAGCAACGGUGACGAGAAAGAACAGGCCUGGAUUUCGACAUCGACCAUGGGCACCAAAGUGGCUGUGAUGUAUGCCUUUUGCAGUGUCUUCGCCCUGGUGCUGCAAUCGAUCGCGACGCAGAUCAAGUGGCAUUCCUUGCGGUUCAUGAACUCGAUCACUAGCAUGACGCUCAUGAAGAUGGAGACCGGGCUCUUGUACACCCGUCUGGACACUGGUUCCAGCCUUUUGUGCUUCUACCGCGACCAGUCUCGCCUGAAGCCCGGCAUGUGUGAUCGCUUAUCGGAAGGCAUCACGUUGCAAGAUGCUGCGGAUGAAUGGUGUUCGCCCCUGCUGAUCGCCACCUUCCCUGCGCCCUGUGAAGGUUUCAAGAUGGCCUACUUCAUGGGCAUGGGGGCCUUGUUCGCUAUGGCUUUGAACGUGGUGGCCAUUAUCGUUUGCCUCUUUUUGAUCGCCCAGUACUUGGAAGGCACUUUGCACAAGGGCUCGUAUCGACUUUGGGCCAUGGGAAUUCACAUCAUCGCGACACUGAUCCUGCUGGGCAGCUAUGCCAUGUACAUCAUCCUGGCGAUCCGGGCCUUGGAUGAUGUGGGAGGCAAGGGCGUGCCGCUGUUAGCCAUGGCUAGCAAGGGCACCGGGAUGAGUUUGGGAGUGGUGGUCAUGGGUGCCGGGUUGAUCUUUCAGAUCCUGGCGGCCGCCUUGCUGGUCGCUGUGAAGUUGGGCGACGAAGAGACGAAGGAUGAAAAGGAGGUUCGCAAGUGGAUGAAGGAAGACGCUCGCUGGGCUCAGGAGGGCGGCUAUGGCGGAGAAUAUGGCAGCUGGGGCUAUGGAGAGUCCUUUCAGGCCACACAGUACGAGGGCUACGACCCCAAUCACUUCGCAUAUGACCCCAACCAAGCUGCCUUUGCUGCUCCUCAGUUCGCUGCUGCCACACCUUGGGAUGCCGGCGCGAUGCCCACGGCAGUGGGGGCAGACCCCAUGGCGGCGUCCUUCUCAAAGGUCGUGAUCCAGGGCGGCCUUUGCGAGGGCCCGCCCACGGGCCAGCACGGCUGUGUGUACUCCUACCCUGCACUUGAAGACAAGGACGUGAUGAGUCUCGACGAACUGGUGGGCAUCCCUUCGAUGAAAUGUGGGGCAUCGGGCGAGAGGGCUUGUACCGAUUGGGCGGAUUGGCGGAAGAACUGUUACGACCCAGAGAACAAGUACAAGAAGAGAUUUCAGAAGACGGACAAUCCGGAUAAGACCAUGAAAGUGGAGGUCGUGGCCACGGACUACUGUGUGGAGUACGACCUUCACCCCUACUGCCAGGAUCGAGAGGGGCUUUGCACCAACGUGGACUGUCAAGGGCUGACAGACUCCGAGAAAGAGAUUGGAUUGCCUUUCUGGCUGGGCAGGUGCGAGGAAGGGCAGAAUACCAAGCGAGCAGAGGCCAUUGCAAGAAAGGCCCUGGGGCAGGAGAACUUGAAGAACCACGUCAUGGUAGACAAGGAGUUGCUGACGAGCAACUUCAAAUGUGGCUCCGGCAGCGGCAUGUGCAAACCCAACCCCGACGGCGGGCCGUACUGCUCGCGGCAGUUUGGAGGAGUUUGCACCCCGCUGCCGCACCGCCUCCGCCAGCUUCCCUUCCAAAACGCUGCACAGUUCGUGACAUGUCCGUUUGACGUCCUGGCCAUCGGCGGCUAUACCCCACCACAGGGCACCGAGUGCAAAUCGCAGGAUGCUGCGGACAUUUGUUGCCUCUACGGCAUUGGCGGUGGCUGCAGCAAGUCCUACGCCGACGGAUCCUCGGCUGACUUGACGGUGGCAGGCUUCUUAGGGGUGAUGGCUGCGUCGCUGAAGGACCCGGAUCAGAUGUACAACUUCGCCGUGCAUUGGAUCCAGGAGAAUGGAGGAAAAGUUGAGAAGGAGGACCAGUUGAAAGAGGAAGUCUAUUGGAUGUGGCGAAUUCAUCCCAGCAAGCGUGCGGCGGAGGAAUGGGACAAGUUUCAGGAGAAUCUCAAGGCCAGCAGCGCGGUGAGUUUCCCCGACGAGCCCGGCAAGCCCACCGACGAGCCCGGCGAGCCAACGGAGGAACCGCCAGGUGAGACCACGGUCUCCCCAGGCGCCCAAACAACCCCUUCUCCUGGUCCAGAUGAUGAGCCGCCUGCGCGGCCCUUCCCCAUUUGGACCAUUGUCGCCGCCGUGGGUGCCGCCGCGUUCUUGGUCGCGGGGUGGUUCUACUUAUACCGCAACCCGAACCAGCGCCGUGGUUCCUCGGUGGAAGAGGAUCGCCGGUCAUUGCAGAUGAGUCAACGACUUUGA